AUGAGAAGUCUGGGGAGGAGGUCGCCGAUACGAAGGAUACCGGUUUUGGAAUCAACGGCAGAGUCUGACCAAGAGUACAUCCCUUCCACAAAUCGGUCAUCGUCCUACCGUUUGGCAAUGCCGACGAAGUUCUCUGAGGUUAACCCAGUCAGGUCCCAGCAGCGGUCGGUGCACCAAACUGCAGAGGAGAUACCGGACAGGGACCCUGUUAUUCGCCUCCUCCUUCAGAGGGUACAGAAGAUAGAGGACGAUCGAACCAGCACUCAAGAACCUGACUGGGGAAGGCUUCGGCCAGGACCAUUCACCGAGCGCAUAAAACGCUCGCGGCAGGACAGGGACAUACAGCCUUUACGCAUCUCAUCCUACACGGGAGUCGAAGACCCCCUGACACACCUUCACUCUUUCCAAUCUGCCGUAGGGUGUAAAGGACUUAGCGACGAAGGGCUGUGCCUGCUGUUCCCAUCCUCGCUCACCGAAGCAGCCCUAAACUGGUUCUACCGUUUGGAACCAGGGAUGAUCGACUCUUUUGACGAGCUAAAGCAAAUCUUCCUGAACCAUUUCAUGAUUCAGACGGACAGGCUAUACUCUGCCGAUGACCUGUACACCGUUCGACAGAGAGAUGACGAGCCGUUGCGUGAGUAUGCCGCACGAUUAAGCCAUGAAUACUCGAGAUGUCCAGAUACCGAUGACAGGGCAGCCUACGGCGCCUUCAAGAGUGGCCUACGGUCCUCACACUUUCGGUAUCUGGUGCACAGCAGCAAUUGGCGUACGUACGAUGAACUCAUGAAGCAAGCGACAAUCCACGCCAAAGCUGAAUACUUCAAUUCGAGGGCCGAACCCACGGCUCGGCAGAACGAACCCAUACAGCGGUCCUCCACGACACAGGCAUCACCGUUCUCGCCAGCGGAACGAACUGCCGAAUACCCUGAGAGCCACAAGCGCAAGGAUGCCAGAAGCUCCCAAAAGGGGCAUUCCAAGAAAAACAAGAGCAGGUACGGCAGGGACAGCUACCGAGCGCCGUUACCAGCGCAUAACCAAGGGACGGAGGUGUUUACCCUGCUCAACACCUCCUACGAGGCAGUGCUGAUGAACGAAAAUGACAUAAUCCCGAAACCUGCGUUCCGGAAGCCCAGUCAGCAGGAUGGCCGGGAUACAGGGAAAUUCUGCCGAUACCAUCAGCAGAACAGCCACAAUACCGAGGACUGCAUAAGCUUGCGGAAGAUCGUCGAGUGGUUAAUUCGGGAAGGCAAACUGGAUCGGUACAUAGCCAGGCCGCAACAGGCGCCAGUACCGAAUGCUAAUCGACAAAUCAACAUGAUCAGCACGAUCAGCGGAGGCCCAACCCUCGCCGGAGCAUCUAACUGGUCAAUGAAGCAGUAUGUUAGAGCGGCACAGUACCCCCAAGUCCUCGGCAUUGAAAGUAGCCGGCACGCCAAGAUGCCGAAGGUCAGGUGGGAACCUAUCACCUUCUCGGAGGAGGAAAAAGAAGGGAUCAUCUACCCACAUGACGGCCCCAUGAUUAUUCGGGCCGAAAUUGCCGAAUUCGAUGUCGGCCGAAUCCUAAUCGACAAUGGGAGUUCGGUAAACGUCAUCUUUGCCGAUGCGUUUAAAGAACUCGGAAUAGAUGACAGCCAGGUCAACCGGCAACUCUCACCUCUCCUCAGUUUUUCGGGAGACCUGGUCCAGCUAAUUGGCAGUGUCAGUCUGCCUAUCUCCUUCGGCGUAGCCCCACAAAGGACCAUGGUCUACGACCAGUUUCUUGUGGUGGACUGUCUGACGGCCUACAACGUCAUAGUCGGCCGAACGGCACUCACGGCAAUAAAGGCCCACUUGUCCCCCCACAUGCUACUCAUGAAGUUCCCAACCUGCUAUGUCACGGGGGCAAUCAGGGGCGACCAGUUGAGCGCUCGGAACUGCUAUGCCACGGCAUUGAAAUCGGCAGCCCCCCAAAGGCAAAAAGAGACCUUCACAGUCGCAGGCUUGCCGAACGGCAAUGAACCAGUGGAUGAUCCAAGGGAGGAAACGCCCACUCCGGUGGCACAACCUGCCGAGGAUCUCGAAACUGUGGCGCUGGACGAGAGUCAACCGAAUCGGUGCGUGAGAAUCGGUACCAUGCUGAACGCCACCCUCCGUGCCGAAUUCAUCCAGUUCCUUCGGCAGAAUCGGAAGUCUUUACCUGGUCUUACAACGACAUGCCGGGCAUAUCCCCCGAUGUCAUCAGCCACAAGCUGA